AAACAAGUAUUUUGAUGUUAAUCAUUUAUGUAUUUACUAUUUUAUACUUUCAAUAAUAAUACAAUAUAAUAUAAUAUAAUUAAGUUACGAUGUAUUGAAAGCGUUUAAGUUUUAAUACAAAAUACUUAAAUCUUUUUUUCGACAAUAAUUACUACACAAAAGCACAAAAAUGGUUCUAGGACCAUUGGAUCAUUCUGUUCAAACAGAUAUUAUUUUUGUAAUUGAGAAAACAGCAAUGAACACUUAUAUAAGUGAACUUAAAACAAAUUAUGUAACUCCAACUUUAGAGUACUUUAACCAAGGACCUAUUGAUGAACGAGAGUAUUUGUCUGAAAGUAGCAGUGCAAUUUAUGGUAUUGUUGUUUAUGAAGCAAAUGAUUGUAAACCUUUUCCAUGCUGUCGUUCUUAUGGAACAUUCACUAGCCCACAAAAAGUCAUAAAAAUUAUUGAAAAAAUUGACAUGAUAGGUGGUAUGGCUGAAUCCCAUGCUUACAUGGGUGAAGGUUUAGCUACGGCCCUAGUUUUUUUUGAGGACUUGCAAGAAAUCCGUGAAGCUAAGCAAAGACAUUGUAUUCUCAUAUGUAAUUCACCACCUUAUAAUUUUCCGAUUAUGGAAUGUGAAACAUAUGCUGGUCGUAGUGUUGAUCAAAUGGCAAAUCUCUUUCAAGAAAAAGGAAUUUUAUUAUCAAUUUUGUCAGCUAGAAAAACUCCUGCAUUAUUAAAAUUAUUUGAAAAAGCUGGUGGUGAUUUACAAAUUUCUCAAAACAAAAAUUAUGCAAAAGAUCCAAGGCAUCUAGUGUUACUUAAUGGAUACAGUCUAAAAGAACGUCCAAUGAGCCCAACUCCUGCUACAACUCAUUCUGGUUUAUCCAUGACGAGUCCAUUGUCUACAAAUGUUAACAUUGGAUCACCAGUUGCUCCGUGUACUCCAUUUAGGACUACUAAUCCAGUUUUGGCUAUGCAGAAUCAAGUUCAACAACAACAGCAACAACAACAGCAGCAGCAGCAACAGCAACAUCAACAACAACAAGCUGUUCAGGCAGCCCAACAAGCUGUUGCUGUAGCUCAACAACAACAACAACAACAACAACAACAACAACAACAACAACAAGUACAACAACAACAAAUGAUUCGUAAUGUAAAUCAAGGUCAAAACCAACAAUACUCAAAUGUUUCUAAUACUGGUGGUUUCUUGAGACCUCCUCAAGCACCUCGUAAUUGGCAAAUGACGCAACAGCGUCAACCAAAUCAAGCAAGUGCAUUAAUUGCACAGUUAACAACGCCUACAUUCCAACAAAGAACAGAUAUGACAUCACUACAAGUACAACAGCAGCAACAGCAACAAGUGCAACAACAGCAACAACAACAAGUUCAACAGCAGCAACAACAAGUUUUACAGCAGCAAGUUCAACAACAACAACAACAGCAGCAACAACAACAACAGCAGCAAGCACAACAGCAGCAACAACAACAGCAACAGCAAGCACAACAACAGCAGCAAGCACAACAACAGCAACAACAACAGCAGCAGCAAGCACAACAACAGCAGCAAGUACAACAACAGCAGCAGCAAGCACAACAACACCAAGUACAACAACAACAUCAGCAACAGCAACAGCAACAAGCUGCUCUGCGAAUUAUGAAUCAACAACAGCAACAAGUUCAACAACAACAAAAUGGACCUGGCAGACAAACUAUUUGGACAGGGACAUUAGAGUGGAUAGAAAAAUCAAAGCCUUCAAAUGAAAUACCGAAAAUAACAAGAAACGUCCCUUGUAUUGUUUCAGCCAGUAUAAAAAAUGGAGAACCAGAAUUGAAAGCAGAAACAUGGCCUGAAAAAUUAAUUAUGCAAUUGAUGCCUAAGAAUUUAAUAGGAAGUAUUGGAGGAGCUCAUUUGAAAGACUCAAAAUCUGUGGUUUUCCAACCUACACCAUGUGAAGCAUUAGAAUCUUUGACAAAGUACAUGACCAGUGGAUAUGCUGGCUGUGUACAUUUUAACAGUGCUCCAACUUCUCAUAAUUGUGAUGUCAAAGUAUUAAUAUUACUCUAUACUCAUGAUAGAAAAGCAUUCAUCGGUUUUAUUCCAAAUGAUCAAGCAGCAUUUGUAGAUAGAUUACGCAAACUAAUACAACAUCAAAAAGCAUCCUCAGCUAUAUUACGUCAAGGCCAGGUUGGAAUGGUAAUGCCCCAAAGCAAUAUGCCUGGACAGUUGCAAUUACCACCCGGUCCAAAUAUGCCUGGUGGUCCAGGACCUAACCAGAUGCCUGGGCUUAUGCCUAACAGUGCAUUAACAGCUUCCUUACAAAGUCAACCUCAAUCAAAUUUGGCUGAAUUAAUGGCAUCCAAUAAUUUUGCACCGCAAAAUAAUCAGGUUGUCCCGAAUAGUCCAUCAGUUCAAAUGAUGCCUAGUCCUCAACCAACUGGGCAACCAGUCAAUAAUCCAAAUAUACCUAUACAAAAUCCUGGAGGUGUUGGCAAUGUCGGUGUUCGUCCAUCACAAGGCCAGUAUAGUGAACAAAUUGAGAUGGCUAGAAAGCAAAAUUUGGCUAAGAUACAUCAACUUCGACAAACACUAGAAGCAGCACAACAACAAGAAUUACAGUAUAAGUCUCAAAUGGAGAUUCAAAGUCAUCAAAUGAAUAUACCACAAAUGCAGCAACGUUUGGAACAAGCUCAGAUGCAAGAAAAUAUAUUGAAGUCUCAGCUAGAAAUACGUAAUCAAAUGAAUGUGCCCCAAAUGCAACAAAAUCUGGAACAUGCUCAAAUGCAAGAGACCAUAUUAAAAGCACAAUUGGAACAUCAACAAGAAGAACAACACAAGUUGAGAACCCAACAAUUCCAUAUCCAUCAACAGCAACAGCAGCAGCAACAACAACAACAGCAGCAACAACAGCAACAGCAAAGGCAAAUGGUUCCUGGAAAUCAAUCACCACAGAUUAUGGGUAAUAAUGCACCACAACAGAGAAUGCAAAUGCGACCUGUAAUGUCCAGUAAUCCUGGUCUCAGACAUUUAUUACAACAACAACCUCAAUACAGACAACAAAUGAUGGGCAUGCAACAAGUUCCCGUUGCUCAAGGCAGAACCUUGCAACCUCAGCAACAACAGCAACAAUAUGACGAAGUUCAUACCUUUGACUUUCUCAAUUAACUCAAUUUCAAUAUAAUUAACAAUUAUGCUUUAAAGUUGUUUGGUGAAAUCAUGUUUUUUUUUUUUUUUAAUGAGUAAAUGCUAAUAAAUAAAUUAAAAAAUUUUAUAAAUAAUUAAAUUUUUUUUUUACCAAAAGAUUAUUGAUUGUCUAUAAACAAUUUUGAAAUUCCUAUUUGUAUAAAUUAUAUUUAUUAUUUGUAAAUAAUUUCAUCAAUUUUAAAUUUUGUUAGACGCGUUUAAUUAAAAAAAAAACCUUAUUUUUUCUCAUAGAUUUUAUUCUCUCUUAACAUUUUAAAAUAAUGUGUUUUGAAUUUAUGUAUUUAUUUUAAACUAAAUAGAAAUAUUAAUAUUUAAAAUACUAAUUUUAAUAUAUAAAUAUUGAUAUUUAUCAAGAACUUAUUUAAGUAUAUUAACUAUAUGCCUUUGCACCACUUUAGUAGUCUUGUAUUAACAUAAUAUCUCAGGUUCAACACAGUAAUUAAGGUAAAUAUUAAAACAAGUUAGACUGAGAUUUUACAGAAUUUCUGGUUUCUAAACAUAUGUUUUAAACAAUAAACAAUAAUUCCAUGUACAACUUUAAGAAAAUUAGUUACUUAGUAUAAACUUAAAUAAAAUUAAUAUAUUUUUUUUAUUA